AUGGAUUCAGACAUCCUACAGUCCCACAUUGUCGGCGGAAUCAUCGACGAUGAUACUUUCAAUGAGCUUCUCACCAUGGCUCUUCAGUUGAUCGAAGACGACACUAAUGGUUACCCAGAAAAUGCAAGCCAUGCCACUGACCCAACGAUUUAUUCGCAUGCAACAGACGUGCUCCCUUGGGGCAAUGCGGCCUACCGCUCUGUGUCUGAAGCGUAUGGCUCUAUGCAUACCCAAGUAGGUCAUAGAAGCCUAGACAUCAUAGCUGGGGGAGAUUCUACCGGGCCUCAUAACACCAAUGUUAAUCACGAUUAUCAAUAUUCUAUUCAGCCGCAUCCUCCAGAGCCCGAGACUAUGGGGCAUAUUCAGGGCACUUCUGCUGCUGCCUUCACUCCCUCGUUAAACUAUCUACAGCCGGUGUCGCCACUCUCACCACUUACUCAAUUCAAGAAGAAACUCCUCAAAUCACACAAGAUAUCCCAGGCCCACCUAUUUCUACUGCCGACAACUUCGAUAACACGAACAUAA